AUGAUCAAUCGUGAGGAUGAAGCGAUCAGGAAGUGUCAACUGAAAGAAAACCAGAGACUUUCCGGCCCAAUGCGAGAGAGCUGGGAGAGUGGGGAUUUUUGGAUUGUGUACGCUGCGAGGAAUAACUUCGCGUUCGAUGCGAUAUACUGGCAAAAGAUCGAUGGCCGGUUUUUUGGACAGACUAGGUGUUCUGACCCCGCCGAUGCUUGGAGGGAAAGACUUGGGCAUUUGAGUGCCGAGGAGAAACGUGAUAUGGAGGAGCUUGUUGUCCAGAAACUGGAGGAUAUGAAGAAGAGAGUUCUGGCGUGGGAUCCGGAUGAACAUACACUAGGUCAUAUCGAUAUCGCGAAGAAGAGGGAAGAAAGCGACAAGCAGCAGGGCAUCGGUGCUGAAAGUGAGAAACCUGUUCAUAUUAAAGUGAAUGAAGUGGGUGAAGGUGUAAUGUCCGCGGAGUUUGCGAGAUUAGCUGUUUGA